GUGUCAAUUUUGAGAGAAUAAAUCCAGUACGAAACAACAAAAGGUGGAAAUAAUCAGACAGAGUCAAAAGCACGCUAAAAGCAUUAAGUUUGCUUUUCCGAAACCCUUUCAGAACAUGGGGCAUUUCUCUGCGUUACCCUCUGAAGGGCUGAUCCCCUUGUAAGAAGAUAACAGCUCAGAAGCUCGUCAACCUGGACACCCUGACUAAUUAGGUGUAAUUGUCACCAGUGUGUGAACACACACACUCUUACGUCUCAAUAUACCUUGCUGUCUGCCUUAGAGGCUGAUACGUUACAAGGACCUCACAACAUUUCAUUCCAAAUAAGUCGAAACUCACAUACUGAACCUACACACAUCUGUAAUCUGAAUUUAAACACAUUUGUUCAAAAAUUUCCCUGGAUAUAGUGACCGACUCUUGGAUUUCUUAACGACGCCCUUUCGGCUGCAGAGGUUAUGCAACGCUCAACAAGGAGGAAGAUAUGAUAAUGAAUGAUAAAAAGACAGAGUUUGGAUGGAACUGGUUUCACCUGACACACACGUCAUUGUGUUGUGUGCGCUCGCUGUGGCCUCUUACAUCUAACAUGUCCCUUAUUCUCCCUUACAUUUGUCUCCUGUUAUUGGCCGCUGCCGCGCAAGAUUGCAAGACUCCGGGGGAACAGUGCGAGGAUGAUGCAGACUGCUGUGGUGGAUGCUGUAAGGGGAGCAUCUGUAUCGACAGUUAUGGACAAUGCGCCCUAGUGGAAGACCCAUGUCUCAGUCACGAGUGCCCGCCUGGGUUCGAGUGCUACAUGUAUCGGUCAUCAGACUGCCCUGGGUGUGGCAAAGUCCCAGACUGCAGGGAAAACAAUGACAGCUAAAGGGUUAUCACUUGUAUCUGGGCUUCAAACAAAUGGCAGUCAACAUUCACCGAGCUAAAAUAUAAUGGACAGCCUGCGUUAAAAUUUUAAAUUUUAUCAACAGAAAGAAAAACAUGAGUUUAAUAAAAGUUUGAUUUUAAAUAAUCCAUCAAUAGGACUGCCAUAUUUUCAGUUAGGCCAAAAACACUGCUAAUACCAAAGCACAUCAUUAAAUAGGAACAUAAGCCAGUUAAAUCCACUGUAUAUCCUCAAAAUCGUCCACCCUUAAGAACCAAUCAACCAAAAAUCUCCUAGGUGUAAGGUAUUUCUCAAAGUGUUUACAGUUAUUUAGCUGGUAAAGAAAUUCCCUGCCUUUCAUGGAACCUGUGUUCACCAAAGUCUGCCAUUGGAACGUACCCUGAGAUAGUUUAAUCUAAUCCACAUCCUCACAUCUUAUUUUUCCACUCACUUUAAUAUUAUCCUGCCACCUACAAGUAAUGUUCUUAAGGUUACUAACUAAAAUUCUGUAUGCAUUUUUUAUUUCACUGACUCAUGCUGAAUUUUCCACCCAUCUUCCUUGAUGUAAUUUCCCUAGCA